CAAACAUACCAAGUAACUCUCAAUUUGCCUCUUUCCCUGCAUUUCCCAAUGUGGAGCUGGUGCAAGUUUCCUGAAAGAGUGGAAAGAUGUCAGUCUGGGAUUUCCUGCUCUCCUUCUUUCAGAUGGUUUCCCGCAGAAAAAUAAUAUCUAGCAGCUGCAGAGAAUCCAACUUGCGCCGCUGCCUUUCCACCUUGGACUUAGUGGCUCUGGGUGUGGGUAGUACCUUGGGGGCAGGAGUAUAUGUCUUAGCAGGAGAAGUAGCCAAGACCAACUCUGGCCCGAGCAUCAUCAUCUCCUUUCUGAUUGCUGCUUUGGUAUCUGUCUUGGCAGGAUUGUGUUAUGCUGAAUUUGGAGCCCGAGUCCCUCUGACGGGAUCAGCUUACCUCUACAGUUAUGUCACCGUGGGAGAACUGUGGGCAUUCAUCACGGGCUGGAAUCUGCUGCUCUCCUAUGUAAUUGGAACCUCCAGCGUGGCCAGAGCCUGGAGUGCUACUUUUGAUGAACUUCUGGGCAAAAGAAUGGGGAUUUUUUUCAGAACACACAUGGCCAUAAACUCUCCCGGGUUGGCUGAGUACCCAGAUAUCUUUGCUGUUUGCCUCAUUGUUAUACUGGCAGGGCUGCUAUCCAUUGGGGCAAAAGAAUCCACCACAGUGAAUAAAGCCUUCACAGCUGUUAACGUGCUCAUCCUCUUAUUCAUUAUAAUCAGUGGAUUCAUCAAAGGAGACUUGAGGAACUGGCAUUUGAGUGAGACUGAUCUAUUAAGAUCUAUGGCUCACAUGACUAGCAACCAGUCUGUGACUGUCAACAGAACCGGGCAUUUUGGAGCUGGAGGGUUCAUGCCCUAUGGUUUCAGUGGGACCCUAGCUGGAGCUGCUACCUGUUUCUAUGCAUUCGUUGGGUUUGAUUGCAUUGCUACUACAGGGGAAGAGGUGAAGAACCCCCAAAAAUCCAUCCCCAUGGGUAUUGUGCUAUCGCUGCUCAUCUGCUUCCUGGCCUACUUUGGAGUUUCUGCUGCCUUGACAUUGAUGAUGCCUUAUCACCUUCUUGAUACCAUGAGUCCUCUGCCAGUGGCUUUUGAAUACAUCGGAUGGAGCACUGCCAAGUAUGCUGUAGCUGUUGGAGCACUGUGUGCUCUGAGCACAAGCCUUUUGGGUUCUAUGUUCCCAAUGCCCAGGAUUUUAUUUGCCAUGGCCAGGGAUGGACUCCUCUUUCAACCUCUGGCCAAAGUGAGCAGCCGACAGACCCCAGUGAUCGCAACCAUGGUGUCUGGAGCUGUUGCAGCUAUGAUGGCUUUCCUUUUUGAUCUGAAGGCCCUGGUUGACUUGAUGUCCAUUGGGACACUGCUUGCCUACACUCUAGUGGCUAUCUGUGUUCUACUCCUCAGGUACCAGCCUGAGCCCAGCUCUUUAGGCUCAUCCGAAAAGAAGAGGCCAAACAGGAUGCUCUGGGUAGAUCUCCUAAUUCAUCCAGAUAUCAUUCCAACCCAACACUCCUCUCACCUGGUGUCCUGUACUAUCUUUCUGGUUGCUGUUUUAGUCUGCGGUGUCAGUGUGGUAACCACUGUAGGACUACCCUGCUUGUUGUCUGGAAGUGCCUGGUGCAUUGUCUGCCUUGUUCUCUUCCUCCUGGGGAUUCUUGUGGCGUCACUAAUCAUCUGGAGGCAGCCUCAGAGUCAGAAGAAAGCAGCUUUCAUGGUGCCCUGCCUGCCAUUCUUGCCCAUCCUCAGUGUUCUAAUCAAUAGCUGCCUAAUGGCCCAACUCACCAGUGACACUUGGCUUCGGUACUUGAUGUGGAUGGCAUUGGGCCUCCUCAUUUACUUUGGCUAUGGGAUCCAGCACAGCGCAGAGAGACACAGGAAUAAAGAUCUGUCCUUACAAAAGAUGAAGCAUGAAAGAAGUGAUACAGAUUCAGCUGUCACUUGCAAAAAAAUGACUUUAGGGGAACCAUGAUGUGGAACUAUGGAUUCUCACUGAUGGAAGGCCUGGCUGACAGGACUGCUUCCCUCAAACUUUACACAUGUGUGUGUCUGUACGUAUUUAUAGUACAAAAUUCUCUACUACCAAACAAGUAAUUAAGUGCAGAUAGUAAACUGACUUGUGGAAUUCUCAGCCAGUGGAUAAGUAGGUGUUCCACAGUGGUUAAAAGUGCAAGCAGUAGUUCAAACCUCACCUCAUCUGCAAAUUCAUUGGAUGCCAUUUGGCAAGUUAUCAGCUUCAGUCUCUCCCCUCUCUGCAAUACACAAAUAAGAGUAAUAAUAGUGGCACCUUACAAGGCUAUUUUGUGAAUUGCCGAAAUAGUUCUUUUUACACUUGAAAUACCUUGUGUUAAUGCUAGAGUAUUGUCCAGCCAUGAUGAUUAACUGGAAUGCCUUUUUAAAGAGUGAGAGACAUGCAUGGAGGAACAGUCUAUCAACUUCUAUUAGCCAGGUUAGCUAAAUGAAACCCUGCUCACAAGGAGAUUUCUUAUAGUGGUCAAAAGUCACAACACUUAAAACUAGAGAGUGAAUCCUCAUUUCCAGAGUAGCAAAGCCACCACCAGCAUCUUUGGCUAAUCCCCAGCCUGAAACCAAGAGACAAAUCUCAAGCCCUACUGGGUAUUAAGCAAAAAGAAGUCAGCCCUGCAUGGAAGACCACUUUGUAGACUGAGUUCCACAAAACAAUUACUUGGGUAGCUGUGGCAUGUAGGUCAAGGUGCUGGAUGCAGACUGAAGUGCUGAAACCCAAAUAACACCACAAAAAUAUGAUUAAUAAAGUUUAUUAAAAGAUGUGCAAGAGAAUACAAUUAUAGAAGUGCACAAAGCAGGAAAAGAAAAUAAUAAUAAGCUAAAUAACUGUCCUAAUAAUACUGUACAGACUUUCAGUCCUAAAUCAGAUGUCACCAUUCAGCUAGAGCACAAUAAUUCAGGCAAAACCACAAAGUUCAAAAUCCCGAGAACAAAAAUUCCAUGCUGACACCUGUUCAGGUUCAAGGCACAAAGAUGAUGUAUGGCUAAGGUGCCCACCAGCAACCAUCUCAAAGGAAGAUGUAAUCCCUAGCAAGGAUGUUGUCAAGAUCAAGGAUGUAACUAGAGCAAAGGUUCAGGCUUUAAGGCCACCUGCCUGCAAUAAGGCCUGACUGGCUUGACCAAUCAGCGAGUUGCUCACCGUGUGACUACACGUCUCUGCAGCUGGCACAUCCUCACAAUUAGAGGCAAAUCAUUCUACUCCCAGAAUGUUGUGUAUUAAUAAGAUGGAGUGUGGGGUGUGGAAAUGCCUGUGUUCUGUCCUUGAAGCUUUGUGAUCUACACCCGUGGCUAGUUCCAUCUUAUCUAUCUGGGAAAUUGCAUUGUCAUCCUGACUGCACUCUCCCAAAGAAAAAAGGCCAUCUUGGCUUCUAACUAGGCCAAGAAGCCUGAUCCAAUGUUUGAAAGGGUCAAGAAACAGACUGGCAUAGUCAGUCUCUUGACUCCAUGUUUGAAGGCACAGUUAUCUUUCAAUACUUGGAAUCUUGAAAACAAGCAAAAAGGGCUUACCAUUACUUUUAGGCCUGGCUUGUGGGCUUCCAGGGCAUCUAUUGGCUACUCUUGGAAUGGGAAUGCACAGUAGAUCAGCCUUGGUUUAAUACAGCAAGUUAGAUCAUAGAUUCAUUUAAAGAACUUCCAAAUGAAUUAUUUUAUAACCAACCAGCAUCUGGAAUCAGAAGCUGGAUAGCUCUAUAGGAACUGAAACAAUUCCUGUGUUAGUCUAGAAGAAUCAACACAGGUGACAUAGCAAAUGUUGUGACACAACUAUGUAGUAUCCCAUUUGAAAAAGUAACUUUUGGGCUUACCACUGUCACUCCUAGCAGACACAUUUAAAAGCCUAUUUACAGUGCAAUCCAAAGCAUGAUUAGUAACUUCGAGGCAGGAAGUUGAACCAAAGCUGACUGAAAACUGGCUCAGAGUGAUAUUUUGUGGGUUUUUAAUGAACUGGAAGUUAACGUAAAAUUUCUCAGUUGUCUUAAUCCCAAACUGGAACUGAAACCCAUGAACUGGUUGAAAACAAGUUGCCAUACAUUCAGAUGUCCAAAAAUUGUUUUGAGUGUGGUAAGAAAUGGUGGCUCUCUCUUAUAGGGGAGGCAUUCAAACUAAACUUCAGCCCUGGGCAGUUGACUGACUAGUCUCAAGAUAACUGAUGUAUCAAGGGCAGGAUUUGUGCCCACAUGCUCAUGUGUGUUAUCCAAGCAUAUGUGCAAUGUGCAGAUUUUCUAAGAUCACUCAGCUUGUUGAAAUUUGACAUGUUUGCUAGAAGUGUUCAUAUGUUAAUUCUCUUGGUAAAACAAGUGAGCAACAAUGUCAUCAUGAAAAAGUUUAUUAGAUCAUCUCUGACAAAACACACAUUCUCCAAUUCAUUUCAGUUGUUGAAAACAAUAAAGAGAACAUGUUAUAGUCAAUAAAGAAAGCACCAUUUGUUUAUGAA